AAGAAAAAUUACCAGUAUUCAGAAAAGGAUCAAAAUUCAUCCAGCAUAAUUAAGUUUUUAAAUACCACUGUGUCCAAGUUCUCUAAGAAAGGUUCUUCUCAGAUAGCGAAUCACUUAGAACUGUAUGAAUCCACUAUGGAUUCUUUAAAAUUAUACUCUGAUGCUGACAGAAUCAGAUUCCUUCCAUGGGCAUUUGAUGAUAAAUAUCGUCAUUACUUUACCUCUUUUAGGGAGAGAGGAAUUCAAGAUUGGCCAAGUGUUUUGCAUGAAGUUAAACUGGAAUUCGGACCUUACCGAACCAUUACUGCUGCAAAACGGGACAUAUAUAAGCUUACAUGUAGGCCCAAUCAAAGUCCCCGUGAAUUCCUCUCUAUCCUUAAAAAUGCCUAUGGGUUAGCAUAUAGAUCCCCAAACUGGGAAUCUGAAGAGUUUAAGCAGCUGUUCUAUGACGCUAUGCCAACCCAGAUCAAACUUAGCCUAGCCAGAGAUCUGGAUAUUGAAGCUCCCUUGGAUAGGUUGGUGACGGCUGCCACCACGCUGUAUAAUAUCAGUGAAUGCCAUGAAACAGGUGAGAGAAGAUUUAAAAAAUCCCCAGAGCAAAAUAUAGCUGAAGCUAAGGUAAACCCUAGCUUGGGAUUUGAAACACAGCCACGUAAGUAUUCUCAGUCUACAGGUCCUGUCCAACAAACCCAGCAACAACAGGUAAGACCCAAGCAAACCAAGCCCCAAAAUCCCAACGGGUCAGAGGGGGAUAAUUCUGGUGCUGGGAGGUCUAACUACCGUCCAUAUUACAAUAAUGGUCCCCAAUAUAGGUCCUAUUACAAUAGGGAUUCCCAGGGUUACAGACGCUGGAAUAACAGGCCCAGACAACAGAGGGAAGAUAGGCAGGAACCCUUAAACUCACCUAGGAGUAGGUCACCCACCAAUAAUCAGGGCGCCUCACAAAACCAAAAUAUGCGCAAACCAAACAGGUUAUUUCCAAAAGAUUCUGGAUCUGACGACAAAGAAGCCGAGAUUAAGAUCAUUUGA